AUGGCGGAUGAGGCAAGCACGCGAGAUGAGGUGGUGCCCCCUCAGUCCCCAGGCACUUCAGCUCCAGAUGCUGUUGUAGAGCCCCAAGUCGAUGUGUCGGAAGGCGCCAACGGUAGCAAUGGUGUUGAGGAUGAAGCUGUUUCCGAGGAUCCAGUCGCGACUUCCGGUACGAGCGCGACGGAAGAAGUUAAGAGUAGCAACGCCGAAGCUAAAUCAGAGAAAAUGGACGAACAAACAAUUCCCGAUCGCUCAGUGCAGGAGGCGCCAUCCGCGUCUACCCCCGCAGAUGGCGACGAUGCAGAAUUGAAGGGCGAAGAACAAUCAGAGGACGGAGCUCCAGCAGCGGAUGAGUCUGCAGAGUUAGCAGAUGGUGCCGCCAGCACACCAGCUUCAGCCAGCAAGACAAAGGGCCGACGCAAGUCUAGCGUGCCAGAACACAAGAAAAAGUUGAACAAAAAGCAAUCCAAGGCGAAGUUGACGCAUACGGAUGCGAAACCCGGCGAUUACUUCUAUGUGCGAUUGAAGGGAUAUCCUUUGUGGCCUGCAAUUGUCUGCGACGAGGAUAUGCUUCCCAGCACCCUCAUCAAAUCUCGCCCAGUCACAGCAAUGAGAGCAGAUGGUACAUACAGAAGUGAUUACGAAGAUGGCGGCUCUAAGGCUAAAGACAGAACUUUCCCUGUCAUGUAUCUUUUUACGAAUGAAUUUGGCUGGAUACCAAAUUAUGAUCUCCUUGAUCUCGAUCUAGAUACAGUCGGGGACGUUCCUAAUAAUAUGCGCAAAGAUUUGUAUGCUGCGCAUCAACUUGCCGCCGAAAAAAACGAUUUGGAUUAUUUCAAAACUGUGUUAACAGAGUUCAUGGAGCAGAAGAGAGCGGACGAGGAAGCCAAAGAGGCUGCAAAGGCAGCCAAGAAGGCAAAGAAAGAGAAGAAAGAAAAGACGCCAAAGAAAGCUGCUCCUAAAUUGGAUAACAAUGAAGACACAGAGAUGAUGGACGUCAGUGCUAUCCCUGAUGACGAGGAGGUCGAAGCACCAAAAUCAACUCAGAAGAAGCGAAAAAACCCUUCACAGGUUCCCGAGGAUGAUAUUCAGCAGCCUGAUACCGCCCCAAAGAAGCCUCGUAUCAAGUUGAACAAUACUCCAAAGGCUGCGAAUGGUACAUCUACUCCAAAGCCUGCCAAAGAAGCAAAGGAACCCAAGUCUGCAAAGGAUAAGAGCAAGACAAAGAAGGCUGCUGCGAAAACCAAAGACGCCGCUCCUGUCGCUCCUCCUGAACCAGAACUCACCCCAGAAGAGAAAAGGGUCAAGAAAGAGAAAGAGAUCUUGUUCUUAAGGCACAAACUUCAAAAAGGUCUUCUGACUAAAGACCAAGAGCCCAAGGCAGACGAGAUGCAACAAAUGUCCGAGUAUGUGAACAAACUCGAAGGUUAUGCCGACCUUGAGGUUAGCAUCAUCAGAGCAACCAAAAUAAACAAAGUUCUCAAGGCUAUUUUGAAGCUACCUGUCAUUCCCAAAGAAGAUGAAUUUCAGUUCAAAUCAAGGUCUCAGAGCUUACUUGAUAAAUGGAACAGACUUCUCGCCAGUGAGCAGGUUGCACCAGCUACCACUGAGGCCCCUGCCAACGGCACCAGGGAUGAUAGUAAGGAGAAAGAUGAGCCAAAAUCCGACAGCGUGGCAGCAAAUGGCAUCGCCCAAACCGAUGAGUCAAAGACGGAGGAGAAAUCACCGGCCCUCGACACGCCACUUACCGCACUACCCAAAGAAGAGGCUGCCAGCAAUGACGACCCCGCCCCUGUCACAGAAGAAUCUCCAGAGGAAGCGGAAGCACCAGCUGUUGAAUCAGAAGCAUGAAAUAUUUUCCCUGUGAGGAAAGCGAAAAAUACACCAGCUUAGGCCAAACAAUUUGCGGCCAGCGUGUGCGAUCAACAUCAAGAUCGGUUAAUGAGCAGAAUUGGUCCCCUUUAGGUCUCCAGUCGUCGUCUUUUCAGGCAUCGUCG